CAUCUUAUAACAGAUAAUAAAAAGAAUAAGAAUUUGAAUAACAAAAUUUUAUAAACAUUAAAAAUUUAAAAUUUAUUUUAUUACAUUAUUUUAUUAUUACGCUCCUGAUUUGUAUCAUCUAUAUGAACUUUCGAGAAGUACGAUAUACAUGAAUGUGUCAAAUCUUUCAAUGAUUUAUGUUUGAUAUUUAAUUACAAAAAUUAAUCUAAUGGGUAACGAGGAAACUCCAACUGUAGUGAAUAAUAAUGAAAUGCCAAUUCCAAAAAUAAGGCACGAUUGGUAUCAAACAGAAAGUCAUAUUAUAGUUCCGAUUCUUGCAAAAAGUGCAAAAAAUGUUAAAGUUAUUUACGAAAAAAAUACAUUGAGUGUAUCUGCUCUAUUACCAUCAGGCAAUGAAUAUAGUUUGGAGUUAGAUUUAGCUCAUGCAAUAAUACCAGAAGAAUGUUCACAUAAAGUAGAUCCAUCUAAAAUAGAAAUCAAAUUGAAAAAACAAGAUGGAAUUACAUGGACUAGUUUGGAAGGAAAUUCUAUUGCACAAAAGACAAUACAACAUAUACCAAGAGAAAUUUUACAAGCUGGAAAUCAACCACAAAAAAUUGGAAGUGGAAAGAAGCAACGAGAUUGGGAUAAAGUAGAAAAAGAGAUUGAAAAACAAGAAGCAGAAGAAAAUCCAAUAGGAGAAGCUGCUUUAUAUGCUUUAUUUCAACAAAUAUAUGGUAGUGGAUCUGACGAAGUUAGACGUGCAAUGAAUAAAUCUUUUCAAGAGUCUGGUGGUACAGUGCUAAGUACAAAUUGGUCAGAAGUGAGCAAAGGUAAAGUUGAGGUAAAAUUACCAGAUGGUAUGGAAUGGAAACCUUGGAAUACAUAAAAUAGUUCAUGUAAUUAAAAUUCAAAUUGCUUAUUAUUUAACCCAAUUUCAUUUUACUUUUAAUAAAAUCAUAUAUUAAAAAUAAAAUUAAUUAAAACAAUUACCUAUAAAACACCAUGUUAUAUUUAUCCAAUUCAUUAAAUAUAUAAUGUGUAUUUUUCUGAAAAAAUUGUAAUUUUUCUUCUUUAUAUAAAGAAUAAAGAAUCAAAUAUAUUAAAUAUGAU